UUCUUUGCUUGACGAGGGGGAAAACUCCCUGUACUUCACUUCCUUCAUCCUCGUUUCCUAGGGCUUACUCCUCGCUGCAGUUCUCUUUUGAUUCUUCACCUUCGAAGAUUUCAAAUUCUUUACCGCUUUGUUCGAUUCAUUAUCUGGGUUCGAGUUUAAUUUAAUCGGAUUUUAGCUUAGUUUAUCGUACAUGGCACCGGCGGAACCCAACAACAGAGGCGGCGCCAGUGCUGGAUCCACUAAGGAGCAGAAUUCCGUCAAGCCGCCUUCUAAGGACCCCAAAAAGAAGGAUGAGAAGAAGGACGAAGAUCUUUCGGAGGAGGACUUGGCGUUGAAGCAGCAAUUGGAGUUGUACGUGGAGAGGGUGCAGGAUUCAGAUCCUGGCCUGCAGAAAGUUGCGCUGGAGAGCAUGAGGCAAGAAAUACGUACUUCAACAAGUUCAAUGACUUCAGUUCCAAAGCCGUUGAAGUUCUUACGCCCCAAUUAUGGAACUCUACAAGCACAUUAUGAAAGCAUGGCUGAUUCAGAAUUAAAGAAACUUCUUGCAGACAUACUUUCUGUCUUGGCCUUGACAAUGUCCCCGGAAGGAGAAAGGGAGAGCUUGAAAUACAGAUUAAAAGGUUCAGAGGGGGAUAUUGGUUCAUGGGGCCAUGAGUAUGUCAGGAAUCUGGCAGGGGAAAUUUCCCAAGAGUUCGCAAAAAGGCAGAGUGAAGAAGCCCCAGUUGAUGAUCUGAUGGAUUUGGUGGUACAAAUUGUUGCUUUCCAUAUGAAGCAUAAUGCAGAGCCUGAAGCAGUAGAUCUUCUUAUGGAGGUUGAAGACCUUGAUCUAUUAGUGGAGCAUGUGGAUAAUGCAAAUUAUAAGAGGACAUGCCUCUAUCUUACCAGUUCAGCGAAGUAUCUUCCCGGACCGGAUGACAUUUUAGUUCUAGAUAUUGCCCACACAAUCUAUAUGAAAUUUGGGGAAUAUCAACGAGCACUGCAGAUUGCUUUGUAUCUUGAUAAUAUACAGUAUAUCAAACAACUUUUCCAAACUUGUAAUGAUCCUCUCCAAAGGAAGCAGUUUUGUUUUAUCCUGGCUCGCCAUGGCGUAGCAUUUUUUGAGCUCGAUGAAGAAUUGUGUCCUGAUGAGAGUGAAAGAGAGGCUUUGCAAGAAAUCAUCAAUAACACUAAGUUGAGUGAAGGCUAUCUUACUCUUGCUCGAGAUAUUGAAGUUAUGGAACCCAAAUCUCCAGAGGAUAUUUAUAAGGCUCAUCUGCUUGAUGGACGUGGUAGUGGUGGGGGAUCUGUUGAUUCAGCCAGACAAAAUUUGGCAGCAACAUUUGUGAAUGCAUUCGUGAAUGCUGGGUUUUGUCAGGAUAAAUUGAUGACAGUUGCCUCUGAAGCACCUAGUGGUAGUUCUUCUACAAGUUGGCUGUUUAAAAAUAAAGAGCAUGGAAAGGCUAGUGCUGCAGCAAGUCUGGGCAUGAUUCUGCUUUGGGAUGUUGAUGCUGGACUUGCACAACUUGACAAAUAUUUCCACAGCACGGAUACUCAUGUGAUUGCAGGCGCAUUGUUAGGCGUUGGGAUUGUGAAUUCCAACGUCCGGAAUGAGUGUGAUCCUGCAUUGGCUCUCUUGUCUGAAUAUGUAGACAAAGAAGACACUUCAAUUAAAAUAGGUGCUGUAAUGGGCUUAGGUCUGGCUUAUGCAGGUUCUCAGAAUGAGCAAGUUCGUAACAUAUUAAUGCCCUUACUUGGAGAUGGAAAAUACUCACUAGAUGUGAUUGCUUUUACUGCAAUCUCCCUUGGAUUGGUGUAUGUUGGAUCCUGCAAUGAAGAGGUUGCACAGGCAAUCAUUUUUGCAUUGAUGGACCGAAGUGAGUCCGAAUUGGGGGACCCACUUGCUCGGUUCUUGACAUUGGGUCUUGGUCUGCUUUAUCUUGGGAAACAGGACAAUGUCGAAGCUACAACUGAGGUUUCAAAGACGUUUAAUGAAAAGAUUAGGAAACAUUGUGACAUGAUCCUGCUUUCAUGUGCAUAUGCAGGAACUGGCAAUGUUCUCAAGGUGCAACAUUUCCUUGGUCAGUGUGCCCAGCAUCAUGAGAAGGGGGAAGCAUACCAGGGGCCCGCUGUUCUUGGAAUUGCUAUGGUGGCAAUGGCAGAAGAGCUGGGACUUGAAAUGGCUAUUCGAUCAUUGGAACAUCUGUUGCAAUAUGGAGAGCAGAACAUUAGAAGGGCUGUCCCCUUGGCUCUGGGCCUCCUUUGCAUUUCAAAUCCAAAGGUCAAUGUUAUGGACACAUUAAGCAGGCUCAGCCAUGAUGCAGACACAGAAGUUGCAAUGGCUGCCAUCAUUUCAUUGGGUUUGAUAGGCGCUGGAACCAACAAUGCAAGAAUAGCUGGAAUGCUUCGCAAUUUGUCGAGCUAUUACUACAAAGAUGCCAGCCUUCUUUUUUGUGUGCGAAUUGCUCAAGGUCUUGUCCAUCUAGGAAAGGGGUUGUUGACGCUUUCUCCAUAUCAUUCUGAACGAUUCCUGCUGUCUCCGACAUCACUGGCAGGACUAGUAAUACUGACCCACGCGUGCCUUGAUAUGAAGGCCAUAAUCCUUGGGAAAUAUCAUUAUGUUCUAUACUUCCUUGUUCUUGCCAUGCAGCCAAGGAUGCUGUUGACCGUGGAUGAAAACUUGAAACCUCUGUCAGUGCCUGUCCGUGUGGGCCAAGCUGUCGAUGUUGUCGGCCAAGCUGGUCGUCCCAAGACCAUAACGGGCUUCCAGACCCACUCAACUCCUGUUCUCUUGUCUGCCGGUGAUAGAGCAGAGCUUGCAUCCGAGAAAUAUGUCCCUGUAUCACCUAUCCUUGAGGGAUUUGUCAUCUUAAAAGAGAAUCCCGAGUACACGGAAGAGAACUGACAAGCGAUUAGGCUACUUAAUUAUUAAGCAAUCCGGCUUGACAUAUCCCCAUCUUCGUUCAUCAUUAUCUUUUGGGUUGAUCGAUAGCUGAUUGCGCCCAGUAUCUCCGCUGGAAACUUCAGCAAUAUUUUCUGUGUGGCCGAGACGAACAUGAGACAACCAAUCUUUUGGCACUAGAUGGGGUGAUAGUAGUUUCUUUCUUUCGAAUUUUUAGCUAAGGAUAGUUGACAAAUGUGCACUGAAAUGAAUCCUAUAUUGUUUGUCAACUGAUUAACGUUUCAUCUCAUUAUUAUCAUGUAUGAACACCUCCCAUUUUCCUUUCAA